AUGUUAGAGCUUCUAUUCUUCGCGCUUCUUAUUUUUUCGAUUCAAGCUACUGAAAAACCCUAUUUUCUUGAAGCCGAACAUGGAAAAGGACAAGAAGCUGGUGGUUUUGGAAUUGAGAAAGGUACAUUUUAUUUUUGAAAAAAAAAAUGAGAAUAGAAUUUUUUCUAGAUCCAAAUUAUUGGCCAAGUUAUUUGGAGUCAAGUGCAAAGGAUUACCAAACACCAUCUUAUACACCGUAUUUUGGAAAAUACUAUCAAAGUUUUUUGGACAAAAAUAAUUGA